GAAUCAGGUGCGGGGUGUGCAGAGGCUCCUGGGCCAGGUCCUGUCCUGCCCGGUGCUGGUGUCCCGCCUGCAGAGUCCGAGCGCAGUCGGAGCCCUCUCCACGCCCGACCCUAAAGAGAAGUCUGGAAGGGAACACCAGCAUCAGCUGCUUGGGGCCGGCACCCCCGGCGCCCAUGAUCUUACGGCGCAUUUCCCGGUAUCCAGUUAAUAAAUUUGAAGUGAAAUGCCUCAUCAAUCUUUUCUAUAACUUGGUGGGUGAUGUGACAGAGCGGCAGGGUGUGGUCGUCGGGCUGGAUCGGAACGCCUUUCGGAACAUCCUGCACAUGACAUUUGGGAUGACGGACGACAUGAUCAUGGACAGAGUAUUCCGAGGGUUUGACAAAGACAAUGAUGGUUGCAUAACUGUAUCAGAGUGGGUUUAUGGAUUAUCAGUAUUUCUUCGAGGAACUCUGGAAGAAAAAAUGAAAUAUUGCUUUGCCGUGUUUGACUUGAACGGCGAUGGCUUCAUCUCGAAGGAAGAGAUGUUCCACAUGCUGAAGAAUAGCCUCCUGAAGCAGCCGUCCGAGGAGGACCCCGACGAAGGCAUCAAAGACUUGGUGGAAAUAACCCUGAGGAAAAUGGACCACGACCACGACGGGAAGCUGUCCUUCGCAGACUAUGAACAAGCUGUGAGGGAGGAGACUCUUCUGCUGGAAGCGUUUGGACCGUGUCUUCCUGACCCAAAGAGCCAGAAAGAAUUUGAAGCCCAAGUAUUCAAAGAUCCAAAUGAAUUCAAUGAGGUGUGAAUUCCUAAAUGUCUUGUUGUCUCAAGUGAGUAGAAAAGGAGGCUCAUCAGUGUUGUGUAUUUUUCCUGCUUAGCUCAGAAGGUGACGGUGAAUUGCGUGUUUGGUGAGUGGGAUCACGGCUGACUAACGUAUUUCAUUCAACUUUGGCGUAAGAUGCCAGUAAGAUAGACGAAGACAAGGAGUUCCUUAUUAGCUGUGGUUGGGUUUGGCCAGACGAGUGAACACUGCAGAGACAGGUUAUCACCUAGACUGUCUGUUGACACACAACUGUCAUAAAAUGUUUGUAUGAAUGAAAUGAACAGAGAGAGAGACUGUAUCGUCAUGAGUUAUUUUCUUCACGUCAGAAAGAUGCUGGGCACACGUUUAAAAAUCACUGAAACUCUUGCGUCUCCCUCCCACCCUCCCUAUCCCACAGGGAUAUAUGUAUAUGUGUAGCUGAUUCACUUUGUUAUAAAGCAGAAACUAACACACCAUUGUAAAGCAGUUAUACUCCA